AAAAGUUUUGCACUAAUAAAUUACUAACAUAAUUAUCUUGAUAUACGAAUAAUAUAAACAGCUUCUAAACAAUGGAGGCCUUGGAGAAUCCAGUGCAACUAUCAAAAGGAAUAAAUCUUCAGGAACUGUUAAAUGGUCAUGCUGAGCUACACAUAGAUGUGGACUUCAGGAAGAAAAAUCAUGACGUCAUGACCGAGUAUGAGGAUGACUUGUUUCCAGACUCUGAUGAUGACAGUGAAUCUGAAGAUAUCAUGCAAAAGAUAGAAAAAUCUCCGAGCAAACAGAUGCUGGAGAGUCCCAACUACAUGAGCUUCAAGGAUCUGGCAACAAAGAUGAUUGACUGCCUCCCCAGUGGCGAUGUCAAGAUGCUGAUUGUGGAGGAAGGCGACGGUCCCCUGGUGUCAACAGAGGCGGAGGUGAAGUUGCACUACGCCGCCUACUACGAACACACCACCAUUCCAUUUGAUUCGACCCUCACCAUGAACUAUGGUGAGCCUAUAAAAAUCCAGCUGGGUAUUGGCAAAAUUAUACCGGGCUUGGAAAUAGGUCUGACGUCAGUGAAGGGUCCCAAGGCCAUGUUCAACCUGCUGCUGCAGCCGCGGGUGGCGUGGGGGGAGCGGGGCAUCCCGCCGCGGAUCAGACCGGAGCCCGUGCUGUUUGUCGUCGUGUUGUAUGAUACCAACCAUAACGAUAACGCCGCUGAUCUAAGAUAUAGACAACUGCCUGAGAAGGAGCAGAAAAGUUUUAAAGUGACCAAAGAGACUGUGAAGUCAAUACAUUCCCAAGCUAAAACAUUGUUUCAAAGUAAGAAGUACAACAAAGCCAUUAGAUGCUAUCAGAAGUCAAUAUCCAUCCUCAACAUAUCGGAAACGAAAACUGCAGAAGAGGGGGAGGAAAUUAAAAAACUGCAACUCAACUCCUACAUCAACUUAGCCGUCUGCUACUACAAGACUAACAAACCCAAGAACAUUAUAAACAUGUGCAACACUAUUAGCUACUUGACAGACAUACAGAAGCACUGCAAAGCGCUCUUCUACUACGGCAGAGCCCACGACAUGCUAGGCAACAAGGAGGAAGCGGCGAUGUACUAUAAAAAAGCAUUGCAACUGGAGCCAAAAAACAAGGACAUAGGUAAAGCCCUGUCCAAUUUAGACAAGUACUACAAGAUGUCGGAGGAAAAGGAGAAGGAGAUGUGGCAAAACGCCAUUCAAGUUCCGCACGAGAAGAAGAAGAACUAUGACGUUGACGACGACUUUUUAAAAAGCGCGCGCGAAAUGUGCGAAGACUUGGCGGGAAGGGAGGAGCACACCAAAAUAGAUUUGCCGACUGGACUCAUGAAGAAUGAAGUUGACUGCAUAAAGGAUAUCUGUAGUCAGUUCGAUUUGAUUUGCGUCGAGGACGGAGAGGGGAAGAGGAAAAAAGUGUCUGUGAUAAAAAAGGUAGACUCGUAGAUAGGUGAUAGAAAUACUAGUAACUAGUUACUAGAGUAUAAAAAUUAAGUUAAGGAAAUAGAACAGUCAAUCAAGAGUUGCUAUUAAAAUUAAAAGGGGUACGAACCUUUGUG